CCCUAUGGCGUUUUUUCCACCGAUCAGCCGAGAUCUCGCCAGAGCGAAAAUCACCGACCGCUCUCUUUUCUCGUAAAGGCAAAAGCAAAAACGCGACACUCUCACUUCCUAGUUCGUCGUCGGCCGCGAGACAAAGAUGACCGCCGACUCGAAUGACAUUCUGCAGCCCCUCAGCGAGCAGCAGAUGCAUCUCCUGCUCAAAGUGCUGGAGAACGACUUUCCCAGCAGUAUUUUUAUUUACAACUGGAUCAAAAAGCAGUUGGAAUGGGCCUCAAAAUUACCAUCGAUGAAAGUUUUGAUUUUGUGUCCCUACGGAAAUUGGAGUGACGGAACCGUCAUUGGAAUUACAUAUGGCCUGGCAGUUGGUAAAUCAUUUGCGGCAAUGUACUCACCAGAGAAGGACGGCGGAAAGUUGAAAAGGGCCUUGAUGAGGACAAAACACGUCGAUUGGGAAACCCUGAGACACUUCUCCGGCGUCUUGGACCGCCACGUACCUCUCUGCAUGGAGGUGCUCAGGGCAAAAGGUUUCCAAAGCUCAGACAAAGUCAGGCUAAAUUGCAACAUGCACUAUGUGCCCAAGUACGAGUUCUCCGCCAGCCUCAAUUUGCCCACAAUUCCGUACGGCGUUCGGAUCGGGCCGUUGGACGUGUCACACCUGGACUACGUGUGCGACAACUGGCCCCUGUACACGAGUGACCUGCGUCCGGUAGUGUCGGCGAUGCUCGAGCUGAACCCGUCGGUGGGCGUGUUUGUGCGGAACGACGACGGCGAGGAGGAAUUGGCGUCGAUGGUGUUGCAGUCCGAGUACGGGGGCCUCGGCCUGCUGCAGACGGUGCCCAAGCACCGCGAGCAGGGCUACGCCGCCCUGGCCGUCGCCUACCUGACUGAGGUCAUGGGCCGCCUCGGCUUCCGCACCCACGGCCACACCAAGCUGGGCAACCUGCGCGCCCAACACCUCUUCCAACGCGCCGGCUUCAAAAUCGCUGACCAGACUAACUGGAUCACCCUCUUCAAGUCCCACUAAUUUAUUUCAUUCCAUUUAUUAUUUUUAGUUUUUUAAGAAAAUUUACCGAUUUUGUGUAAGAUUUUAGUCAUCUAGCUAAUAAAUGUCUCAUUUUUUAUUAUAUACGUGUAAAAAACUUGUUUUUUC